AUGGCGCUCUACAGCAUUCCAGGGGCGACAGAUUCCCCACAGCAAAAGCCUUUAGACGUUAAAGAUGAGACUCGUUUAUCAGAGGGAGAGGUACCCUCUUCCUUAGAGGAUGAUGUGGCUGCCGGACCAGCCACGGAACCUGUUCCUUUGAGAUGGAAAAUAGCUUCAAUUGUCCUUGUUACCGCCAUCGGAUUCGGGUCCCAAUGGAGUUCAGGCAUUACGGGCGCGAUGAAAACCACAAUGAAGAAAGAGUUGAAAAUCAACAACACUCAGUUCUCACUUCUCGAGGCUAGCGAGGAUUUCAUGGUCACCGCGCUGAUGCUGCUCAGUGGAAUUGUAACUGAUCGCAUUGGCGGCGCAGGUGCUAUGGUUUAUGGAAACAUCAUCUAUUCCAUCGGCUCGAUUCUUGUUGCUGGAGCUGCCCAGACCCGCUCCUAUAAGUUCAUGAUUGUUGGCAGGGUAAUCACUGCCCUGGGCGAUAUUGCAACCCAGAUUGCGCAAUAUAAAGUCUUCUCUUCCUGGUUUGCACCUAACAACGGUUUCGCUUCUACUCUCGGCUUCGAGUUGGGUAUCGGGAAGAUCGGGGCCUUUGCGGGCAAAUCAUCAGCCAAUAUCAUUGCUAAAAACACAGGGGAUUUCGCCUGGGUUUUCUGGGUUGCUGUGUUCAUGAACCUAUUUACGAACGUAAUGACUGGCGUGUUUUAUUGGUUCACUAAGGUUGCCAACCGAAGGUUUCAUGGUACUGAUGAUCCAGCUACUGGAGAGAAGCUCACAGAAAAGAGUAAGAAGCUGGAAUUCAAGAAGGUAGCCCAACUCCCAUGGCCUUUCUGGGCGGUCAUGUUGUUUUCUCUAUUCGAGACAAGUACCGCAAUCGUAUUUCUCCAAAAUGCCACAGAGCUUGCAGAGCAAAGAUUUAGCACGAGCUCUAUCACAGCCGGAUGGUAUAGUGCCACUCUUCAAUAUGCCGGUUUCUUCGUGGUGCCUUUACUUGGCAUAUUUUUGGAUUUAUUCGGCAACCGCAUCUCCGUUCUUGUUUUUUGCGGCCUCGGCAUGUUCACUUCUAUGCUUUUGGUCACGUUCUCGUCCCAAACGACUGGCACGGCGGCUUCGUUCGGAGUUUUUGCUUUUGCAUAUUGUUUUGGUCCAGCCACCAUUAUUGAUAGCAUUCGAACAUCUAUGUGGGAUCACUCCGUCUUCGGCUCUGCGUACGCGAUAAAGAUUGCGGUAAAUAAUUGCAUGAACAUCAUUGUCAGAGUCAUAACUGGAGUGAUCCAAGACAACGACAACAACUCAUAUAACCGUGUGACUAUUGUAUAUACCGUUCUAGCGGGAUGCUCUGUUGUUGUAUCCCUGAUUCUGGCAGUCCUUGCUUGGUUCUAUGUGGACCUUGGUCAUCUUCAAUGGACACGCAGGCUUCGUAUCUCGCGAGGAGAGGUGCUUAAUGCACGGAAGGAAAAUUUCUAUGGCGCGGAUGGUCACAGAAACAAAAUCAUCUCCAUGUCAUGCUUCGGCUUUAUGAUCCUACUUACGUUGGGUGCCUGGUGUGCAUAUUUCUGGGGUGUCGCCACGGGAAACAACAGCUAA